CAACAAUACGGAUUUGACGUUUGAGUUGAAGAUUCGGAUUUUCGUUCGUAGACAGAUCUGGCAUGAGCGCCAGAUGUUUCGGAGACUCGCAAACGCAAAUCGGGCUUUUCCGAUUCAGAUUUCGAUGUCUUUCUUGGUACCAUCAUCAGGCGUUAUCUGGCUACCAAGACACUGGAAGCACUUCACUUCAACCUGUUGCCCAGCUACCACGAAAUUGGAAGGAUUUAGUGUGUUGAUUUCCAUCGACUUGGUCUUUCCGACAUUGAUUUUGAGAUCUGCUGCCUUGGAGCUUUCGGUGAGGUCGUCGAGUAUGCUCUGCAUAUCUUGUUAUCUUUGGGCGAGCAAAACAAUAUCGUCUGCCUGGUCAAGGUCAUUCAGCUGCUCCAUUGUAGAAGGAUUCCACGGCAAUCCUCGGUUUGGUCUACAGUCAAUCGAUCCAGUCAAGAUCUCAUCCAUUACUGUGAGAAAAAGCAGUCUCCCCUGCCUCAUUGGUAUUACUGUUCAACACAUAUCCUGGGUCAGUCAGCAGCUUAAGUUUCUCAGAAUCUAAACCUAGACUAAAGCCUUUCGUCCAUUUUAAAAUUUUCCUAUUAAUCAUUGAUGAGACGCUGUCUUCGCUUACAACUGCUUUAAUGCGCAAAAUGUACAAUCAUGUAAAUAAAUUGUUUCAAUUAUGCAUCGUAAUCAUUCGAGGCCGGAUAGAAGUUAUUGUUCAAAUAUUCAUUACUGAUAGCUCAUUCAGGUAUCAGAAAAUGAGAAGGCUUGAUAGUGGCACGUUAUCCUUUUGCCAUACUUUUGUCAUAUUCUGCUUAGUUGGUUUGCAACUUAAAAAGAGCAAAUCGAGAACACAAUAGUAACAUAUAAUGUUUUCCGUCAGAUGUUGCUUCCGUCGCAGAGAAAAAAUAGGCAUCAAUCGCGUGAAUCGUGAAUGCUCAAUCACAUGUAGAACACAUACGCACGGGGCGGUGAAAUUGUUUUGCACAAAAUUGUUAUGUGACAAGGGAAAAUAAUUCUCUUAGCAGUUCCGAAUUGUUACGUAAGAAAAUUUAAAAAAAAAAAUUCCUCAAUGCAGACCGUUUGUUAUCCGAUUUUGUUUCGCCAGACAAGUGAUAUUUAACAGAAGUUUCCGAGUCAUUGUUAAGUUUUAUAAGUCGUAGUAACACAGAGCGAAAUCAAUUGCCAUAAGAAGAUAGAACGAAAAAAAGUUAUUUUUUAAAAUGAAAACUCGUAAAAAGAGAUCUGCUCAGCGAGAACCAUCGGUAUCGGAACCACUGAUCGAUGACGAAGAACUGAACUCGCUGCCCAAAGAGUGUGUUUUGAUGAAUCCUGACGGCGAACACGGUACAAAAAAGAGAAAAUCUCGGUACGUCCAGGUCGACAUGGACGAUCUCAACUGGCAGUUGGACAAAUCCCUGGACGGUCAUUGGAAGAUGGACCAGGAGGAAGAACCGAUGUUCCUACCGGGGAACGUUGUGAUCGAUUCGCAGUGCCGGUGUUGUUUGCGUAAGCUAGACAAGAGCCACCUGAAUCUCGUGGAGCGUUCGUUGAAGACCAAGAUGCGUUUGUUUUUCAAGAUCCGAGUUCAUCCGUACGAUUCGUAUCCGUUUGUCUGCGUCAACUGCACGAAUCUGAUACAUGCGCUGGCGGAUUUCCGUGGAACUUUGGUCAAAGCCAAGAUACUUCUUAGACAGGAGCAGACGGUUUUAGAAGAAGACAAUUGGGUGAACCCGGAACACUUGGCUGCGGCAGCCGUGUGUCGCAAAAUGGUAGAUCAACAUCGGAAACGAAUCGAAGAGGUUUAUGAUGCGUAUCAGCGACGAAUGAAGGAAGAUCAAAAUGAGCUUGAGGAACCUCAAGAAGCCAAAGAAAGCACGGAUAAAGAAGAAAAAGACGAGCUAAAUUAUGAGAAAAAUAGUAACCAAUUGUUAGACUCAAGUAAUAUGCCAGUCGAAGAACAAACUUCUGUAGAACUGAAGGAAGAGAUUUUCUUGCCGGAAGCUGAAUGCUCAUCUGAGAGUUCAGAUGAUGAAAGUUUGGCUAUCUUCAAUAACGAAGACUCGGAUGACGUGGGAUAUCAACCUCGAAACAAAUCGAAAAAACUCCUCUCGAAUUUCGACGAAAAGUCAAAUAAGAAAACAGGAUCUGGAAGGAAAGAAGACAAAACUAGAGUAUAUCCCGAAAAAAGAAAAAGGGGAAGACCGAAGAAGGACGGUACCGAAAGUGAGUUGAAAAUAGCAAAAGAUAUGCGAAAACCAAAAGCGAUCAAAGACCCAAAGCCGAAACCUGAUCCUCAGGACAAAACUGCGAGGCAGUCGUUGUGUCCAAUUUGUGGCAAAAGCAUUCACAUAACGGUGCGAGAAGCCCACAUGAAUCAACAUAACGGCAUUCGGCCCUUCAAAUGCCCGUACGAGGGUUGCGAGUUGAGUUUCUUCGGCAAGAACUACUGGUCCCAGCAUAUCAAACGGAUGCACGGAAAUAACGGUGGCGUUUGUACGCACAAGUGUGACAUCUGUGGCAAAAUGAUUCGGGGCUCGGUGGCCCACCUGAAGCAGCACCAAGCGAGGCACGCCGUCACCGACAAGAAUGUGGUAUGCAAUGUGUGCGGACAGACCUUCUGGUUGCUCAAGUAUCUCAAAAAGCAUUUGAUUAUCCAUACGGACCUCUUUCCGUACGAUUGCCGGUACUGUGGUAAAAAGUUCAAACAUAAAGCCAGCAAGGACACUCAUGAAAAGAAUGUCCACGAGAAACAUAAUAAUUUUGGUAACGUGUCAGAAGCCUUAAACUCAGAUUAUCCACAGAUAAGUGAACAACAAUCCAGUGGGUUGGAGUAUGGAAAUCAGACUAUUUAACC